AUGUGGAAAUCAUUCGAGGUAAAUGUGCCUCUUCAUAACCUAUCCAGAUUUUUUGAUAUUGAAGUUGGGGUUUCUUCUAAUACGAUCAAAGUCGCCUUCAUCGUGAUUAUGACAGGAUCUUUAAGUCUAGUGACCAUCGUUGGAAAUAUUCUGGUCAUUGUUUCUAUUAAAAUUAACAGACAGUUACAAACUAUUAACAAUUACUUUAUUUUGAGUUUAGCCUGUGCUGAUUUGUUUAUUGCUGUAUUCUCCAUGAACCUAUACACUAUUUACACAGUGAUUGGCUAUUGGCCUUUGGGUCCAGUGCUAUGUGAUUUAUGGCUCGCUCUAGACUAUGUUGCCUGUAAUGCCUCUGGUAUGAAUCUCCUUGUGAUUAGCUUUGACCGAUACUUCUGUGUGACAAAGCCUCUCAGUUAUCCAUUGAAAAGAACGACACAAAUGGCAAGGAUGAUGAUUGCAGCUGCUUGGCUGCUCUCAUUUCUCUUGUGGGCUCCUGCCAUUUUCUUCUGGCAGUUUGUUGUAGGCGAACGGACAGUCCAAGAGGGCGAAUGUUAUGUGCAGUUAUUCUCUAUUCCAGCUAUUACCUUUUGCACUUCUGUCAUCGCUUUCUAUCUUCCUGUUACUAUAAUGGUAAUUUUAUAUGUGAAAAUAUCUCGUACCAGUAACAGUUCAAUCACGAAAAAUAAAGUAGUAUCUGGACAGACGAAAGACAGUGUUUACCCUGGAAUAUCCCAAAUAGUACAGGAUAAAAUAAUAAAGUUGAAUGAUUACACUAGCGCAAAACCUAAGUGUCACUUUCCACAUAUCAAAAGACAAGAUGAAGAAAUUAAUGUGAACAUAACAACUGACAAUUAUACACAAGAGGGGAAGGGGCACCAGAAUGAGUCACUUUGCCUUGGGGUUCCUUCAUUGAACAAGAAAGGAAAAAGGGGGGUAAAAAAUAAUUAUUCUACGCAAAAUGGUUUCAGAACUAACAACUCCAAACACUCUUUCAUAAAUAUUAUUGGAAAAUUUGAAAAAAGAAAUAUUGGUAACAGUCGGGCCAAAAUGGCGCCACGAGUUUUCGAGAAGAAAAUGAACGAAACGCCGAUAAAAGACUCGUAUAGGACAGUGAAAAUUCCCAAGAGGAAAGUUAAGAAGCCAAAUAGAGUUGCAACGCGAGGGGAGAAAGUGACAAGAACAGUCUCGGCUAUCCUUUUGGUAUUUAUCAUCACGUGGAGCCCAUACUUUGUCAUGGUGCUCAUUAGCACGUUCUGUUCCAUCUGCAUCCCCAACGCACUGUGGACUAUUGGAUACUGGCUUGCUUACAUCAACAGUACUAUCAAUCCAGCUUGUUACGCACUUUGUAACGCUACUUUCAAGAAAACCUUCAAGUAUCUUCUGCUGUGUCAGUACAAAAAGAGCACUUGUACCACAAGAUAA